AUGUUUACAUUAAUCGUAUAUAUCUAUAGUAGUUAUAUUACUAUAGUCAUUAUUGGAUUAAAUUCAGAAAAAGGCAAGAAAAAUAUUAGUUAUAAUGAUGAUUGUGGAAUCUCAUUACAAACUAAUAUAAAUUAUAGUCUUGGUAGUUCAAACGCUAUUCCAGAUGCAUGGCCAUGGAUAGCGAGUCUUCGACAAAAAAUACCUGGUAAAGAAGCUAUACAUUUCUGUGGAGGUUCAAUUAUUUCUCCUCGACUUGUAUUAACAGCUGCACAUUGUUUUCAUAAUAUAACUAUUUCAACAGAUCCAAAUUAUGCUCGACGAAUAGGUGAAGUUCAUAUUGGUCAACUUGGUUUAAAUGAACAGGGUCAUCGAAUAGCAGAAUGGAUUAAAGUUAUUAUUCCUGAAAAAUUUCUUCCAUUUCGACCACAUGAUUAUUCUUAUGAUAUUGCUUUAUUAGUACUUAAUAAAGAUAUUAUUGAUAAUCAACAUUCUGCUAUUUGUUUACCAUCAUCAAAUAUUAUUAGUAAUAUUGGAGAUUAUGGAACUAUUGUUGGAUGGGGAAUACAUAAUGAAACUGAUACUGAAACAUCUAAUUAUAUGAUACAAGUUACUGUACCUAUUCUUGAUCCAACAAUUGCUGCAUGUAAUCCAUUAAUAUUACCUCCGAAAAAUUCUUCAAUGACUAUAUGUGCUGGCGUUUUAUCUGGUGGUAUUGAUGCUUGUCAAGGUUUUUCAGGUGGACCAUUUGCACAGAAAUUUAAAAAUCGUUGGUAUAAUAUAGGUAUUGUUUCACAUGGUCUUGGAUGUGCAAGAAAUAAUAGUCCUGGUUUUUAUACACGUAUCAAUACUCAUCUUAAAUGGUUAUGUGAAAAAGCUAAACAUGAAAAUGAACUUUUAUCUAUAUGUUUUAACAAAUUUCAAUAA